GCCUCGGGCGAGAGCUGGCGGGAGGCCCGGCUCGGACAGAAUCGCGGUUCCGGGCCCCGCCAGAGCCCUCGGCCCCUCCCCUUCCGGCGCGGCGCGCAGGCGUACACCCCGCUUCCGGUUCCGGCACCGGUGGCUGCAGCGGAGACGCGGCUUGGCCACCACCAUGUGGCAUGAGGCCCGAAAACAUGAACGGAAGCUUCGGGGCAUGAUGGUGGAUUACAAGAAGCGUGCCGAGCGCCGCCGAGAGUACUAUGAGAAGAUUAAAAAGGACCCUGCCCAGUUCCUGCAGGUGCACGGCCGAGCCUGCAAGGUGCAUCUUGAUUCAGCGGUGGCUCUGGCUGCUGAGAGCCCUGUCAACAUGAUGCCUUGGCAGGGAGACACCAACACCAUGAUUGACCGGUUUGAUGUCCGUGCCCACUUGGAUUACAUCCCCGAGUACACCCCGCCGCUGCUGACAACCAUCUCUCCAGAGCAGGAGUCUGACGAGCGCAAGUGCAAUUAUGAGCGGUACCGAGGCUUGGUCCAGAAUGACUUUGCUGGCAUCUCUGAAGAACAGUGUCUGUACCAGAUCUACAUUGACGAGCUCUACGGGGGCCUGCAGAAACCCAAUGAGGAGGAGAAGAAAAAGUUGGCAGAGAAGAAGGCGUCCAUUGGCUAUACUUAUGAGGACAGCACCGUGGCCGAGGUGGAGAAGGCACUGGAGAAGCCCGAGGAGGAGGAGUCGCCCGGGGAGGAGGAGAGCAACUCGGAUGAGGACGAGGUCAUCCCUGACAUCGAUGUGGAAGUGGACGUGGACGAGCUGAACCAAGAGCAGGUGGCCGACCUGAAUAAGCAGGCCACGACCUAUGGCAUGGCAGACGGGGACUUUGUGAGGAUGCUGCGGAAGGACAAAGAGGAGGCCGAGGCCAUCAAGCACGCCAAGGCCCUGGAGGAAGAGAAGGCCAUGUAUUCGGGCCGCCGAUCCCGGCGACAAAGGAGGGAAUUCCGGGAGAAGAGGCUAAAGGGCCGUAAGAUCAGCCCCCCAAGCUACGCACGUAGAGACAGCCCCACCUAUGACCCUUACAAGAGGUCCCCCUCUGAGUCCAGCUCUGAAUCUCGGUCCCGCUCCCGCUCCCCGACUCCGGGCCGAGAGGAGAAGAUCACCUUCAUCACCAGCUUUGGGGGCAGCGAUGAGGAGGUGGCGGCGGCGGCAGCGGCUGCUGCCAGCGCAGGGGCUGCACCGGGGAAACCUCGGGCUGGCCAGCCCCCAAUGGCCCCGCAGCCGGGCAGCGGCCCCGCGCCAGGUCGUAACGCCAGCUCCCGCCGCCGCUCCGGCUCCUCUUCCUCCAGCACCUCCAGCACUUCCACCUCCACUUCACGGUCGAGCUCCCGCUCUCGCCGGGGGGGCCACUACCGGCCAGGCCGACACCUGCGCUCCCGUUCCCGUUCCCGCUCCCGCCGCUACUCGCGCUCUCGGAGUCGGGGCCGGCGCCACUCGGGAGGUGGGUCUCGAGAUGGGCGCCGCUACUCCCGCUCACCUGCCCGCCGUGGCUACGGGGCCCGCCGGCGAUCCAGGAGCCGCUCCCGGUCAGGAGAGCGUUACCGCCGAGGGGGCCGGGCCCCUCGGCAUCGGAGCAGCAGCCGCAGUAGCUGGUCACCCAGCUUGUCUCGCAGCCGCAGUCGCAGUCGCAGUCGUAGUCGUAGUCGCAGCCAUAGCCACAGCCGCAGCCGCAGCCACAGUCACAGCCGCAGCCGCACCCACUCCCCGUCGCCCCUGAGGGAGAAGCUGACGAGGCCGGCGGCGUCCCCGGCUGUGGGGGAGAAGUUGAAAAAGGCCGACACAGCUUCGGGUAAAGAGACAGGAGCUGCCAAACCCAAGCUGACCCCCCAAGAGAAGCUGAAACUGAGGAUGCAGAAAGCACUCAACAGACAGUUCAAGGCGGAUAAAAAGGCGGCGCAGGAGAAGAUGAUCCAGCAGGAGCACGAGCGGCAGGAGAGAGAAGAUGAGCUCCGUGCCAUGGCCCGCAAGAUCCGCAUGAAGGAGCGGGAACGGAGAGAGAAGGAGAGAGAGGAGUGGGAGCGGCAGUACAGCCGACAGAGCCGGUCCCCAUCCCCCCGAUACAGUCGUGAAUACAGCUCCUCCCGGAGGCGUUCACGGUCCCGUUCUCGAAGCCCUCAUUACCGCCACUAAUGGGAUUGGGGGGGUGGGAAUUGGGGAGGGGCUGGAGCCUCUGUCCAGGGUCAGUGCUGCUGGUUUUUACCACUUG